AUGAGCGACGAGCCAUAUUCAAUGAGAGCUGUUUUAUAUCAUCACGUAAGAAAAAAACAGAGUUUUUAUUGCAUAUCGCUUGUCGCUCAUUGCUCAUCGCGUCCAGUAACCAUUACACGGCAUAACGACUUUCUAGACAAGGGUAUAGGAUGGACCUCGCUUCGCGCGGAAAAUCGUAUGCCCCUAGAUAGAGAGGAAUGUGGUGUGGAUAUUGCUUCACAUAGAAAAUCAGACGACCAUAGACAGAAGGAGGUACCACCGCAAAUUUCAGUGACAGAUGUUCUUGGAGGACAAGUGACGUUAAUAAGUUGCUCGCCUUCUCCGUCUCCAUCGCCGGAUUCACUCGAAGAUACAUUACCUCAUUACAACACUCUUCCGAGUUUUAUUAUUUCAGAACCGUGCGAUCCUUUGAGACCUAGUAUAACACGCGGUAUCGGUAGACCACACAAUACGAUACCUACCGAAGUCGAAGUUCCUUUAUCUGAUGAGUCAAGCAGAUUAAAUUCCGAAACUAUAUUAGGUCGUGUUAAACAAAUAAUAGAUGCAAGAGCGCCACCAAAAGGUUUUAUAUUUUCAAGAGAAGAAGUGAAAGGUAGUGGACUUAGUUUAGAAUAUCCAGGUGGUGUACAAAUUGAACUUAGGGUAUAUGAAUCAGAAGAAAGAGAAACGAAAGGAAUAAAAAUGCGUAGGAUUAGUGGGGACCAAUUGCAAUAUAGUCAACUUUGUCAGCAAUUGAUUUCAUGUAUUACUGUUUGACGACAACCAGCAUAUAAUAUAUGUUUUUUCAUACAUUACGUUACAUUCCUAGUGUAUCAUACACUAUUCAUUACAGUAUUGCAUAUACUGCAUGUAC